AUGUCUUCAAGCAAAGUUGACUCCAAGGGUGAAAUCACCAACGUCAAAGAGGAACACCAUGCCGAACUACUGGAGAAGUCGAAGAUCGCUACUCACAAUGAGCACUCAUUGGGAGUGAUCGAGGCUGUCAAACUUUACCCGAUGGCGGUCAUCUGGGCAUCGAUCUUUGCUUCUUCCUUGGUCAUGGUCGGUUAUGAUUCAGGGUUGAUUUACAGUUUCUACGCCUUACCGGCAUUUGUCAAGAAAUACGGCACAAACUAUGGGGGCGACAUUGGCUACGAAGUUUCCGCAAAAUGGCAGAAUGUCCUCGGUAUGGGAACGCCUGUGGGCCAGUUCCUUGGGGCAUUCACUGCUUCGUGGCCGAUGGAGAGAUGGGGCCGAAAGAAAGUCUUCUGGGGAUCCCUCUUUUUCAGCACCGCCUUCAUCUUUCUCCAGAUGUUCGCCAACGACAUCCACACCUUGGCGGCAGGGGAAUUCCUCGCGGGUAUUCUCUAUGGCACCUACGUUGUUUUGGCACCGACGUAUGCGUCCGAGGUGUGUCCCCUGGCGCUUCGCGGUAUCUUGAAUGCCGGCAUGAACCUCGCUUAUGUUAUCGGACAAUUUGUUGCUUCUGGAGUCGGCAAAGGUUUCUCGGAGAGGACUGACCAGUGGGCGUACCGAAUCCCAUUCGCCAUCCAAUGGAUCUGGAUUCCAGUGAUUGCUCUCGGUCUCUUCUUCGCGCCGGAAAGCCCUUGGUGGCUGGUGCGCAAGGGUCGGGUCGACGAAGCUGAAAAUGCUUUGCGAAGACUUGCUCGAGAAUCGCCCAAAGUUGACAUCAGAGCUACACUUGCAAACAUCGAGGCGACUACCAUGCACGAAAUCGAGGUGGAAAAGGACACAACCUUCCUCGAAUGCUUCCGGGCGUCGAGUCGCGCUCGCACCGAGGUCGCUAUCAUGGUCCAAAUCUUCCAAGUCAUUACCGGCAUUUCCCUGAUCGGAUAUGCGGUUUACUUCUUCACGCUGGCCGGCCUACCUGUCAGCGCUUCUUUCGACAUGGGCGUCGGCAACACUGCCAUCGGCUUCGUCGCCACUUGCUGUUCGUGGGUCUUCAUGUCGUACUUCGGCCGACGGACGAUCUACAUGUACGGCGUGGGGUUUAUGGCGGCGUCUCUCUUCGUCAUCGGCAUCCUGGACUGUGUCCCGAAUUACACCUCACACAAGGGUCUAGCUUGGGCCCAAGCUGCCCUGCUCGACAUCCUGACCUUCCUGUUCCAGGGCACAGUUGGUCCCAUCAACUUUGUCAUCUUCGCCGAAAUCGGCGCCACGCGUCUUCGAUCGCAGACCGUCGCUCUGGCCACGAGCAGUGGCUCCAUUGCCCAGAUCAUCAUGACCGUGGUGGUCCCGUACAUGCUCAAUGCGUCCUCGGGCAACUGGAGAGGCAAGACGGGAUUCUUCUUCGGCGGGCUCAGUACCAUUGCCACCAUCUGGUGUUUCUUCCGCCUGCCCGAGACAAAGGGACGCACGUACGAGGAAUUGGACAUUAUGUUUGAGGCGGGCAUCCCGGCAAGGAAGUUCAAGGAUUUCCAGAUCUCGGAGGCGCGAGAGGGGGAUGUUUGA